AUGAAAGAAAAUGAUACUAUUACCGUAGCAAGACGUAGCAGGAGGAAAGAAGUCCCACUUGAACCUUCGACGGAUACUACUACUACUGUAUCCAAAUAUAAUCGCAAAAAGAAAGAAGAGUCAUCUAUUCAGCCGAUAAUUGAUGAAAUAUUGAAAGACAACGAUAACCAACAAGCCAUAACUACAGAAACGGUUACUUCUUCGUUUUCAAAUGAUAAUCAACUGAUAAUUGAUGAUGAUCUACAAGUAAGCCUGAAUCCAGGUUCAAGGGCUAGUACUCCAGAUAGUUUUCAUAAUAUGUUUAAAUCUUUCCAUCAAGAUAUCUCAUUAACUGCGCCUCCAAGACUGUUACCAUCUCUGGAAUCAAGAUCUAGUGUUCCAACCAGUUUUUUUCAUUCUCAUAGAACUGCGUUUCGAUCUCCAACAGCUGCACCUUUAAACUCAUCAUCAGCUUCAGAAUCAAGAUUCACGUUUCAGGAGAUUCUAAAUACAUCUGAACGUGAUAAUAAAGAUAAUGAAAAAGAUAAUAAAAGUGAUAGUAAAAAUAAUGAAAGUGAUAAUAGAGACAAUGAAGUAUCAGAUAAAAACUAUGAAAUACAAGGCAAUUAUGAGGCUCCAAAUCAUGAAGAAUUGCAUAUUGAUGAAAUUCUAAACAAAGAAACUGGUGAUAAAGUUUCAAACGAAAAAGAAUCCAAUAAGGUUCUCGAUGAAGAAUCUCAUGUGAAAAACUAUGCGACUUUAUUAAAUACAGGUGUAGGGACGAAAGAAAUAGUACACUGUAUAUUUAAAAACAUUGUAUUAAGAACAAAUAAGAAAAAUGUAGACCUUAGUAAACCUUGA